UCUUUGAGAAAAUGAAAAUGAAAACAACUCAGCUGCCCAUCUGAAAUCCAUUCCAAAAUCUCAAGAAAAAGAAAGCAUCAAGAGACCCACUUAGGGUCACCUACAGAUCAUGUACUCAGACAAAGCAAAAUAGAAUAAUAUAAUCCCCCAUGAUCCAUGGAUCCUCAAAAUGGGAUAUGCAGGCCAAACUUCCCUCUCCAGCUCCUAGAGAAAAAGGAACAACAGGAGCAGCUGCGUUCCACUUCUGGCGAUGCAGAGCCAAGCUCAAAAAUUAUAACUUUGGAACCACCCAAGAAACCUCCUCCCAAAAGGGCCUCAACCAAGGACAGGCACACCAAGGUGGAAGGCCGCGGCCGCCGUAUCAGAAUGCCCGCCACCUGCGCUGCUAGGGUUUUCCAGUUGACAAGGGAGCUUGGACACAAAUCCGACGGCGAAACCAUUGAGUGGUUGCUGCAACAGGCGGAGCCUGCCGUUAUUGCUGCAACCGGAACAGGUACUAUCCCUGCUAAUUUUACAUCUCUUAAUAUUUCUCUAAGAAGUUCCGGCUCCAGCAUCUCGGCAUCUCAUCACUUGAGGAGUGCUUACUUCAAUCCAAAUUUUCCGGCGUCACAGCAAUUUAGAAUAAGAAGUGAGUGGGAAAGAAAUGUUCUGGAUGAGUCUUCUCAGCAGCAAAGGAGAUUUUUGUUACCAGGCGUAGCUUUAUCAUCGGAGGAUUCCUUAAAUUUUCCUAGUAGCAGCAAUGUAACCGCUUUCUUGCACGCUAAGCAAGAGUUACGCGACGGAGUGACCGUAGAUGUCACCGAUGCUGAAGCCAUUUCAGCAGGGAAGAAGAGAAGACCAGAGCAAGAAUCAUCACAUAGUCAGAUGGCCGGUAGUUACUUGAUACAGUCAAGUACGGGGUCGAUUCCAGCAAGCCAUAGUCCGAUUCCAGCAGCAGUUUGGAUGGUGUCGAAUCCCAGUAACGUCAUGAGCGGUGGUGUUGGUGGCGGUAGUGACCCUGCGUGGACAUUUCCUUCGGUUAGUAACACCAAUUUGUUUAGGGGAACUAUGUCUAGUGGGGUACAUUUUAUGAAUUUCACUUCUCCCAUGGCUCUCUUGUCUGGACAACAAUUGGGUUCAGUCAACCCUGGAGGUCAGGUGACAGAUCACAGUCAUUUAGGCAUGCUGGCAGCCCUGAAUAAUUACCGGCCGAUCCUUGGAACUGGUAUUUCAGAAUCUUCUGCAGGUGGAUCACAUCAACAUUACCACGGAAGAGAAGACGAGCAUGAUACGGCCAGUCACCAUUCCUAGAGCAAAUUACACAUAAAGUGUGUGGCUAGUUUGAUGAUGCUCAUAGUAUAUGUUUGAUCUGAAAUAGGCAUUCCCAGGUUUGAAAUGUUUUGGAAAUUCAGUGUGAUGAUAUAUAUCCAAUUUCCGAUUGAAAUAAAGAAUUUAAAAAGUU